GGUGCGUCUUAUGGUCCGAAAAAUACGGUAGGCUUUGCUGUUCUUCCACUUAGUCAUUUUGUAAUUCUUCUAUAUUUCAGGAAGCCUUCCAAAGUCUCAGCCCCUCAGACUCACCCCGAGAAACCCAACUCAGCCCCCACCCUUGCUCCGGCAUCUAGCAAAUCCAAGAAAGCGAAAGUGAAGGUCCAAAUGGAUUCAGACAGUGACCAGGAGGGACCGAUUGCCACACAAAUGCUUUCCUUUGUUAUGGAUGACCCAGAUUUUGAUAGUGAAGAUUCAAACCAUGUUUCCAAGUCUCAGGAUGCAUUCCCAGUGCUGAAUAACAUGUCAGACAGCUCCAGUGAAGAGACGAUAACCUCUCGGCCUGCCGAGCCAGUAAAGCCUCCAACAUCCUCGUUUAAAGUCAGAGAAGAUGAUCUUUUUGGUUUAGGGUUUGAGGAGAAAGUGCCUAAAGACAAUGAGGAAGACAAAGAGAGUAAGACGAGUAAAGAGAAGAAGAAAAAGAAGAAGAAGAGCAAAGAGAUUCCAGAAGAGGAAAAAUCAAGCAAGAAAAAGACAAAAAACAAGAAAGGCAAAGACAAAGAAGAGGGGAAAGAAGACAAAAAGAAAAAAUCUAAGAAGACAAAGGAAAAAAAUGAGUUUGAUGAACUGGAGGCCUUUCUUGGUGGAGGAGCUCCAAGCCGGCCACGCUCAGGUGGGGAAUAUGAGGAGCUCUAG